AUGGCCGUUGAUUCUCCGGUUUCUCAUGCCAAGGCCCUCCGGUUCAUAGAGGAAACCACUACAAAUGCUGACUCGGUUCAGAAAAGAGUGUUGGCCGAGAUUCUGAACCGGAAUGCUGAUACGGAGUAUCUGAACCGGUUCCGCCUCAAUGGAGCCACCGACCAAGACGCCUUUAAGUCCAAAGUUCCGGUGGUUACUUACGAGGAGCUGGAGGCCGACAUCCGACGUAUUGCUAAUGGCGAUCGCUCCCCUAUCUUUUCCUCUCAUCCCAUUUCUGAGUUUCUUACCAGUUCUGGGACAUCGGGUGGGGAGAGAAAAUUAAUGCCCACAAUUAAAGAAGAAAUGGAACGUCGUCAGCUGCUUUAUAGUCUUCUCAUGCCUAUCAUGAACCUGUACGUGCCGGGGUUGGACAAGGGGAAGGGACUCUACUUUUUAUUUGUGAAGGCUGAAACCAAGACCCCUGGAGGGCUAGUGGCACGUCCAGUGCUCACCAGCUACUACAAGAGCGACAUCUUCAAGACUAGACCCUAUGACCCAUUCAAUGAUUACACUAGCCCAAACGAGGCAAUUCUAUGCGCCAAUUCCUUCCAAAGCAUGUACACUCAGAUGUUAUGUGGCCUCCUAAUGCGCCACCAAGUCCUCCGCGUGGGCGCCGUCUUUGCCUCUGGUCUCCUCCGCGCCAUUCACUUCCUCCAGCUCAAUUGGAAGCAGUUGGCAUAUGACAUCUCCACUGGCACCCUAAGCCCCAAAAUCACAGACCCUUGUCUCCGUGAAUGCAUAACCUCCAAAUACCUAACAAACCCAAACCCGGAGCUGGCGGAAUUCAUCUCCAAGGAGUGCUCCAUAGAGGAGUGGGAAGGAAUUAUCACAAGAAUUUGGCCAAACACUAAGUACCUGGAUGUGAUUGUGACAGGAGCCAUGGCUCAGUACAUACCCACCUUGGAACUUUACAGUGGAGGGCUACCCAUGGCUUGCACCAUGUACGCUUCCUCGGAGUGCUAUUUCGGGUUAAAUUUGAACCCAAUGUGCAAGCCCUCGGAAGUGACCUACACCAUCAUGCCAAACAUGGGCUACUUCGAAUUCCUCCCUCACGACACGUCGUCUCCUCCAGCUCACUCCCGCGACUCCCCACCUCGACUAGUCAACCUCGCUGACGUGGAACUCGGGAAAGUGUACGAGCUCGUAAUCACAACCUACUCCGGACUCAACCGUUACCGAGUCGGUGACAUUCUACAAGUAACAGGGUUCCACAACGCAGCCCCACAGUUCCGAUUCAUGAGAAGAAAGAACGUUCUUUUGAGCAUCGAUUCUGAUAAGACAGAUGAGGCCGAGUUGCAAACGGCCAUCAACAAUGCGGCGUUGUUGCUGCGGGAGUUCAACACCAGCGUGCUAGAGUACACGACCCACGCAGACACCAAAACAAUCCCAGGGCAUUACGUCAUAUAUCUGGAGCUUCUUGUAAAAGACACCGCAAAUCCCCCUCCCGUGGAGACCUUAAACCACUGCUGUCUGGCCAUGGAAGAGAGCCUCAACUCGGUGUACCGCCAAUGUCGAGUGGCCGACAACUCAAUCGGACCGCUGGAGAUCAGGGUGGUCAAAAACGGGACGUUUGAAGAGGUAAUGGACUAUGCAAUCUCAAGGGGUGCAUCAAUAAACCAAUACAAAGCGCCACGAUGCGUGAACUUCACACCCGUUCUCGAACUCCUCGACUCUAGGGUAAUUUCGGCGCACUUUAGCAUAUCCAAGCCGCACUGGACACCCGAACGAAACCGUUAGAGGUUGUCACUCUUGA